UGUCCCCUCCCCCCCAGCCUGUAUUUCAGGAAGACGUCUGUCGGUGGUCUGAGCUGUUCCAUGUGGUCCAGCUGGGGAUGCAGCGCGGUGGCCGGCCUCCUGGGGGCGCUUUCAGCAUGCUCUGCCAAACUAGCGCUGGGAGCGGAUUACCUGAGAGAGCUGUGUGGGGCGUACACCGGGGAGCGGGCCGAGUUGUGUGAUUGGAUCCACCUACUACUUCGCCUUUGUUGUAUAGGACUUGUGUUUCUGUGCAAUGCUGCUAUGUGGACAUUCUUUGCUAAAGCAUUACGAUUCUCCUCCUCUUCAGCAGCUGCAACUGUAACAACAACUGCUUCAAAUUUUAUUUCAUCUGCAUUUCUUGGCAAAGUGCUGUUUGGAGAAUCCCGUGCUAUUCUCUGGUGGGUUGGAAUUUCGAUCACUCUCUGUGGACUGAUUUUACUGCACACGUUUUCACCACAAGCAGAAGAUCCUGCAAAGAAGAAGAGUUAG